AGCCUGGUGCAACCACCACCGAGCCUUCAGCACCAGGGACAGAGCCUACAGCUCCCUACCCCUGUGAGGGCAAGUGGACAGAGUGGAUGAACUCCUUCUAUCCUGAUGUCAUCUCUGGUGGAGACUUUGAGACAUUUGAAAACUUGAGGAAGAAAUAUGACUUCUGUGGGCCUGAGAUGAUCACAAACAUUCAGUGCCGUGUGGACAGCCGUUUGGAGAUGGACUACUCCAGGACUGGCCAGGAUGUGAGCUGUGACAUCCACCAGGGUCUGGUUUGUGAGAACUCCAAGCAGCGUGGAUUCCUGCCUUUCUGUUACAACUAUAAGGUCAGGGUGUUCUGUGAGUGUGGUGGGGAGAGUACAACAACUGAAGGGCUUACCACAACCAAGUCAUCUGAGAUGACCACAGGUGAGCCUUCGGGAGUCUACACCACAGGCAAGCCUUCUGAGAUGACCACAGGCAAGCCUUCAGGAGUCUACACCACAGGUGAGCCUUCAGGAGUCUACACCACAGGCAAGCCAUCUGAGAUGACCACAGGUGAGCCUUCGGGAGUCUACACCACAGGCAAGCCUUCUGAGAUGACCACAGGCAAGCCUUCAGGAGUCUACACCACAGGCAAGCCUUCUGAGAUGACCACCGGCAAGCCUUCUGAGAUGACCACAGGUGAGCCUUCAGGAGUCUACACCACAGGCAAGCCUUCUGAGAUGACCACAGGUGAGCCUUCUGGAGUCUACACCACUGGCAAGCCAUCUGAGAUGACCACGGGUAAGCCUUCAGGAGUCUACACCACAGGCAAGCCUUCUGAGAUGACCACAGGAAAGCCUUCUGAGAUGACCACAGGCAAGCCUUCUGAGAUGACCACUGGUGAGCCUUCAGGAGUCUACACCACAGGCAAGCCUUCUGAGAUGACCACAGGCAAGCCUUCAGGAGUCUACACCACAGGCAAGCCUUCUGAGAUGACCACAGGUGAGCCUUCAGGAGUCUACACCACAGGCAAGCCUUCUGAGAUGACCACAGGUGAGCCUUCAGGAGUCUACACCACAGGCCGGCCCUUGGACAAGACCACCAGGCCAACAAGACGUUGUUCCUCGUCCUGCCUGUGCAUCGCUGACUGUGCGGGUAACACGGACCACUGCCUGGGCCUGCCGGAGUGCACACGCUACUGCCUCUGUAACGAGAACACCUGGGACAGGACCAACUGGAGGUGUGUGCAGCGCCACCCGGAGGAGUACUGCAGUACUGCAGCUCCACCUACAACUGAGAAGCCACAACUUCAGACCACUGCAGCACCAGUGGAGACAACUACUGUUGCAGUGACUCCAACAACCAGGCCAGUGUGUGGAGAGGCCUGUACCUACCAGAUGACCUGUGCUGACUGGUCCAGGGACAGUUUUGCAGGAGACAUGCCAGCUGACUGUGGUGCCUGUGCCUGUCCUACUGGCACAGUAAAGGACAGCCUGUGGGGCACAGCCUUGUGUCUGAAGGAGCCUGCUGACAGGUGCUACUGUGAAUACAACGGGCGGCAGUACCAGCCAGGAGAGGUGUACUGGAAGGGCAGCUGUGAGCAGUGUGCGUGUGACCCCGACACCCUGACUGAACUGUGCCACGGUAAUGUCUGUCAGCUCACUCAGGACGACUGUGAGAAGGAUGGUAAGGUGCUUGACAACAGGCCAGGAGUGUGUUGUGAAUGUGUGGAGCUGCCAACAACUGUUGCACCUGAAACAACUGCUGCACCUGAAACAACACCUGCACCUGAAACAACUGCUGCACCUGAAACAACUGCUGCACCUGAAACAACAGCUUCUACACAGAAGCCAAGAACUACAGUUUCUCCAACUUCUCCAGCCUGCCCUGAGACCUGUGUGAAGCCGAUCACCUGUGAACACCAGGAGUUCUAUGACCCCAUGUCACCUCCUUUCGAGGUGUCCUGGGAUGAUUAUGAUGCAUGCUGGGACUGUCCGUGUCCAGCAGGGACCGUGGUAGAUGAGGACUUCUGGUUCACCAUGAUGUGCCUGAAGAUCCCGGAAGUCUGCGAGACGUGCAAGUACAACGGCAAGGAGUACAGGCUUGACCUGUGUGCCGGCUGUACCUACCUCGGUAGAGAGUACCAGGUUGGAGAUGUGUGGCUGCGCGGCCAGUGUGAGCAGUGUGAGUGUGUGUAUGAGGAUGGUUCUUACUACGAGAAGUGUGAGCACAAGUGUAACCUCACACCUCAGGACUGUGAAGCUGAAGGAAAGGUGUUGAUUGACCGUGAUGAUAUCUGCUGCCAGUGUUCAGCACCCACCGUAACCACAACAGUUCCCAUGGCAACGACAACAACGCCCCGCCCGGCAACCACAACUACCCCAGUCAGGAUCACCACCAACACACCAGUGUGUUCUGAAGAGUGUAAGGUCCAGGUGAACUGUAGAGACCUGAUGGCCUGGACUGCGGAUGAUCUGGCCAAUGGGAACGCUCCGUUCGAAGAGCGCUGGAUGUGCAACGACUGUCUCUGUCCAGAUGACACGUUUGAAGACGUCUACUGGGGAACCUCCAUGUGUCUUAAGGAGAUCCCAUCCUGCCCAACUCCUUGCCAGAAUGGAGAAGACACUUACUAUGAAGGAGAUGUGUUCUGGAGAGGAAACUGUGACAUCUGCACCUGUAAGUACAAGGACGGCUACUACUAUGAGGAGUGCAACGUCUUCUGCCAUCUCACAGAGGAGGACUGUCUGCAGAAAGGAAUGAUCCUGGAGGACAGACUGGGUGUGUGCUGCUCGUGUGUGGCACCUCCGCCAACCACACAGCCUCCAACAACAACCCUGGCAACAACAACCAGCAGCUCAGAGUCUGUACAAACCACACAGGGACCGUCUGAACCAGGAAAGACCACCCUGUCCCAGACAACAGGUGGCAUUCCUCAUGCUGAAACCACCAAGGGACCGAUGCAGCCGGGUACCACAGCCAAGCCUUCUCUUACAACAGGGGUGACUGUGGAAGCUGAAACCACUGCAAGGCCUGAAGAAAUGACGACCAAACGAUCUACUUCUUCUACUGAGAGGCCAAAAUGGUGGACGACUGGUGUUCUGCCAGAGGUGACCACAUCUGCAGUUUCUGAGACGACAAAACCAUUGUCUGAGAUGACCACAGGCAAGCCUUCAGGAGUCUACACCACUGGUGAGCCUUCAGGAGUCUACACCACAGGCAAGCCUUCAGGAGUUUACACCACAGGUGAGCCUUCUGAGAUGACCACAGGUGAGCCUUCAGGAGUCUACACAACAGGCAAGCCUUCUGAGGUCACCACAGGAAAGCUUAUCUCAACCACCACCGAGCCUUCAGCACCAGGGACAGAGCCUACAGCUCCCUACCCCUGUGAGGGCAAGUGGACAGAGUGGAUGAACUCCUUCUAUCCUAAUGUCGUUUCCGGUGGAGACUUUGAGACUUUGGACAACCUGAGGAAGAAAUAUGACUUCUGUGGGCCCGAGAUGAUCACAAACAUUCAGUGCCGUGUGGACAGCCGUUUGGAAUUGGACUACACCAAGGCUGGCCAGGAUGUGACCUGUGACAUCCACCAGGGUCUGGUUUGUGAGAACUCCAAGCAGCGUGGAUUCCUGCCUUUCUGCUAUGACUACAAGGUCAGGGUGUUCUGUGAGUGUGGUGGGGAGACAACAUCCAAACCUGAAGAAGGCACAACCCAGCUCACUGAAACUGAAGCACCUGAAACAACUACUGAACCAAGUGUUGUGGAACAAACAACAAAGCCUAUGCCAGCAACAACCCUCCGAGUCUGUAGUGAUGAGUGCACCUGUGAGAUCGGCUGUGGAGAUGAGCUGGACGCCUGCACCAGGCUGUCCGGCUGUGAUGACCCCUGCACCUGUGCUGACCCCGCCGCCAUCAGGGUUAAAGGUCGCUGUGCCCUUGACCCCCCUGCUGAGAAGUGUGCCCCUGCCACGACCCCGGUGUCUCCUGUCCAGACUACAGAAACACCUUGCAAGGUUAGGUAUGGUGCUGAGUACACAGAUGAGAGGACCUGUCAGCUGUGCAGCUGUGUGGGCGGAGCCUACACCUGUCAAUCAAUCUGUGACGAAGUCUGUGCUGAGGAUGAAGAUCUGGUCCAGAUGAAGGGAGCCUGCUGCUACUGUCAGCCGAAAUCCAUGUCCACCACCCUGUCACCAAUCGUGGAGACUACCCCUGUUGCCCCCAUUGUUGAAACAACACCAUCAGUACAGACCACCACAACUGCUCCUAGCACCACUACUCUGCAUGUGAGCCCCCCAGCUUGCCUGUGCAUGAUCGGAUGUACAGAAAACCAGCUGCUGCUGCCUACAGAGCUGCCUGCACAGUGCCAGCCUGACCCGGCGUGUGCGCAGUACUACUGUCCUGAGGGAUCAGUCAGGGAUGACAGGGCAGGCUCCAGUCUCUGUCUGGUGUACGAGGAGUGUGAGACAAGGACUUGUGAAUACCAGGGAGUGUCGUAUGAGCCUGGCCAGUCAUACUGGAAGGGUUCGUGUGUGCUGUGUAACUGUGAGGAGGAGACUGGACAGGAACAGUGUCUGUACAACCAGUGUAGACUCACAGAGGAGGACUGCAACAUGAGAGGAGAGACCCUUCUCCAGGCAGAUAACAUUUGUUGCCAGUGUGUCCCCAUCACCACAACUGUCGUCCCCAGUACUGUGUCUCCCACAGAGGUCUUCUCCACUGUCCUGCCAUACACAACUGUCUUCUCCACAGGCAAACCUGCAACUACGGCUGAGCCAGAAGAACUCUAUACUGUGGACGCACCUGCGCACCUGUGGAGGCAUGUGGAGACAGCUGCAGACUGUAAGGACGGCUACAGGCUGGUGGAGGGAGCCUGCAUUGCUCAGCCUAGCGGAUGUGUUGCCACCACAUCAGAGCCUUCCAUUGAGACCACAGCAAUCAUGCCAACCACUCUUGCAUUCUGUGCACGUUCCUGCCACUGCCAGGCCGGGUGUGAGAAGGGCUGUGUGCCGUCGGCUGUCUGCUCAGACGUCUGCGAGUGUAAGCCAGGCUACAGCAGGGAGGACGGAGUCUGUAUACAGUACCCAGCAGACUGUCCUGAACCCAUAGCAACUACCAAGAAGCCAACUGCUGAGACAGAAGCACCCUCGGCAACCACCAAACAACCCACGGAAACUUCUGAACCCAUAGCAACAACCAAGAAGCCAACUGCCGAGACAGAAGCACCCUCAGCAACCACCAAACAACCCACAGAGACAGCAGAACCCUCGGCAACAACCAAGAAGCCUACUGCAGAGACAGAACCAGCAUUCACAGGAGCCCCAGAGACAACUGUGGGCCAUGUGACUACCAAGAAACCAGGAGAGUCCAGCACUGAACCGUCAGCUCCUGAAGCCACCUCCGCAAUCCCAGAGGGAGAGACAACCAGUGCCUACCUGCACCGCACUACAGGCAAGCCUCUCGGCCUCACAACAGCCAGGCCUGAGGCUGAGACUGAACCAGAGGCCACCACGAGCAGCCUGUUUGAGACUAUUGCCUCCACUCUGAUGUCCUUCACAACAGCAUCACCUGAGGAGGAACCAACAACAGCCGAGUGGAGGAAGGUUACCACAGGAGUACCAAGCGAGGUGACAACAGAGGCAGAGGGUGUGCACACCACCGGUGAGCCCAGCUCUGAAUCCACUGCUGAGCCAACUGGUACAACUGCUGCAACUGGAGAGCUUACUACCAAGAUCUCUAUGGAGAAAACAACAGGCUCUGCACAGGCCACCACCAAGAAGACAUUUGAAGAAACAACCGUUGAGCCGAGCUCUGAAACUACCUCAGAGCCAUCUGGAACAACUGCUGAACCAGCAGAAUCCACUACCAGGGCUCAGAAGCCUUCAAAACUCACCACUAAAGCAGAGGCAGAGACUACAGCAACUACAGAAAUCCCCAUAGUGUGUCCGACCUCCUGCCACUGUAAGAAGUUGUGUGAGUCCGACUGUGAGGCAGAGCUGUGUGGAGCCGAGUGUUCCUGCCAGGUCGGAUAUGUCAGGAUGGGAGGCAUCUGUGUGCAACUGCCUCAGGACUGUGAAGUUACCCCCGAGCCGACUGCCAGCCCAGUGACAAUCCCAGAAGCCUUCACCACGCCCGGUGUGUGUGCGGAGUCCUGCCACUGUGUGCAGACAUGUGAGGAGGGCUGCCAGGCUGCCAGGUGUGAGGCAGGCUGUACCUGUGCUGCAGGAUUCAGCAGGGAGUUCGGCAUGUGUGUGCAGAAACCAGCUCAGGAAUGCUCUGUGGCUACCACUUCUGCUCCAAAGAAGCUGACCACCACCCAGCCUGAGAUCAGUACAGAGAAGCCAGCCCUGUACACUACCCAUGAGCCUUCAGUCUACACAACUGGGCCUGUCUGGGAACAGACUACUGGUGCCUCUACUACUGCAGAGACAUACACCACACUUCCUGUCUGUCCCACUGCCUGCACCUGCACCAGGACCUGUGACGGUGACCUUGACUGUCCCAGCUCCUACAGCGCCGACCUCUGCGCUGUCUGCUCCUGUGCUGAAGGUCGUAGGAACAGCAGCUACUGUGUCGUGCAGGACAGCUGUGACUGUGUGUACGGAGGCAUGGACUACAAUGUGCCAAGGCCCAACAAUGUGUGGACGGAGGGCAGCUGUACUGUAUGCCGCUGUCUGAACGGGACAAAGGACUGUCACGUCAGCUGUAACAUCGACAGCUGUCAGGAGGGCUACAUGCUUGUUGACAAUGAUGAGGACGAGUGCUGUCGCUGUGUACCAAGCAAAUGUGAAUACCAGGGCAAGUACUAUGGCUAUGGUGAGAUGUGGCUGCCUGACACGUGUAUGAGCUGCACCUGUACCCAGGAUGGAGGGGUCGUGUGUGAUAACAUGAUGCAGCAAUGUGACAUGGGGUGUGACGAGAGCUAUGGAACCCUGAAGUACACCGAAGGCCAGUGCUGCCCUGUCUGUGAGCCCCACCCACCACAAGGCAGCUGCAAACCCACCUACUCCAACACCACUCUGGAACUGGGCGAGUGUGUCUCCACCGCACCUAUCCGUAUGUCCACCUGUUCCGGUCGCUGUAGCUCCACGGCUCAUGUGAUGCUGGAGCCCCCCUACCUGGACAUGGACUGUUCCUGCUGCAAACCCACACGUGUCCGCAGGGAGGUCGCCCAACUGUCCUGCGCAGAUAACAGCAUCAUCGAGCAGCCCUACUAUGUGAUUGAGGCCUGCGGCUGCAAGGGCUGCGAUUACGACCCGUUCUCUGCCGCCACCUACACCACCGCGAAGGCCUUCGUGGGGAAAUAAGUCGUUGAGAUUAUGAAUUGUUUGAUUUGAUGGAAUUUUGACCACGCGAGUUGCCGGACUGAGAUUUGCGAUGUUAUAGAAAGUAGAUGAAAUGAUGCUAAUAUAUUACAGAGUGUGUUUUCUUUUCUUCUUCAUAAUUACUUUGAACUUGACUGAUAAACUUAAGGUUAUACGGAAAUGUUUCCCUAUAAGUAUAACCUCCUUGAUAAACUUUAAAGGUGUGGUGAUCUGGCUGAGCUUUUCUUUCAGACUUGUAGAUGAAUAAAAUGUGAG